AUGGUAGUGAGUGCGGUGGCAGAGAGCGAGGGCGAGGAGGCGUCGUUUGACAUUCAGAAGGUGGUGGAAUUCACCCUUGCUGACCUCGUAGCUGCCCCUGACGGCUUUGCAGACAAGAACCACCUGGGGCAAGGGAGCUACGGCAAUGUGAGUGGUGCUGUGGUGUAUGGUACGGUGUACCGAGGGAGGCUCAAGUCGGGAGAGGUGGUGGCGGUGAAACGAGCCAAGCCAGAGCGGCGGCAAGACAUGCGCAAGUUCGAGAAGGAGGUGAUGCUUCUAUCCCGAGCGAGUCACAAGCAUCUGGUGCAGCUGCUGGGGUACUGCCGGGAGGAGCAGGAGCAGCUGCUAGUGUACGAGUUCAUAGGGGGGGGCACCCUCUCUCACAACCUCAAUGCCCCCUGGCGAGCCAGACAAAACAAGCCGCCCCUCAACUGGACCGAGCGGCUGCUGGUGGCGGCGGGGACGGCGCGCGCGCUUGCGUACCUGCAUGAUGACGUCAGCAUGCCUUUCAUCCACCGGGAUGUGAAGCCCGGCAACAUCCUGUUGGUUCGGCACGUGGUGGCGAAGCUGGCAGACUUUGGCACGUCGAGAGCCGUGGACACCUCAUCCUACUCCGCCACCAUCCAGGGCACUGCGGGCUACUGUGACCCCGACUACCUCAAAUCAGGGCAGCCGUCGAAGCGAAUAGACGUGUACAGCUUUGGCAUCGUGCUAUUGGAGCUCAUCACUGGCAAGUCGCCUAGAGGCAUCAACAGGCCAUACCGCUUCCAUGUUCAGGAUUUGCUCGACAAGAAGGGGCUUGCAGGGAUAGUUGACCAGUCCAUGGGCAUUUACCCUGAAAAAGAGGUGACCAGCGUGCUCAGCCUGGCCUUCAGAUGCACAGACAUCAAGAACCCCGCUGGCCGACCCUCCAUGAACCGUGUGGUUACCGAGUUGGAGUCGGUUAUCUCCCACUGGCUUACCAUGAAGUCCCCACGCCGCUUCGUUCCCGCUCCAUCGCUGCUUCCGCUCCUGCUUCUCGCAGCAGCAGCAGCGACAACCGCUCCUACCUCCUUUUUCGUUUCCGCUGACGGAUCUCUGUCAGACGCUAAUCAGAAUCCGUCCGAAAACUUCGAGUUUCCCACCUUUAGCGCGGAUGACGAGGAACUUAUUAUGGCGUACGAAAGGAAGUUCGCAGUUAGACCCGGCGAAGAGGAGGUGUCAGACGAGCAAGCGUACCAUCUGGGAGAGAAACUGAGAGCUCGCGGUGUGACUGCAGCGGAUGUGCUACAAAGUGAAGACGAUGUUCCGUCGGGGAAGGUGAAAAUGGAGGGAGGCGAGCAGACGGAUUCCGUCAGUGACGACGAUACCCGUCAAGGUAACGUCUGUCUGCCGUUACUUAACCUGCUGCAUCUCCCGCGCAUUCCUGUCGUGUUCCUGCUCAUGACGGCUUUGAGAGAGUCUCCGCGGAGGACUCUCUCCGAAACUUCCGCUUCCGCUUCCGCCUCCCCAUCCGCUUCCCCGGAUCAGUCCGACCUCGCGACGCAAACCAUCGCGCGCCUUCGUUCGCUCGGCUUCCGAACCUUCGCGAGCGCUCUGGAGAAAACAAACGUUCUUUCCGCGCUCCCUCCGAACGUCGCGCGCGCAGGGGGUUUCUCCCUCCUCGUCCCCUCGGACCGCGCGUUUCUUAAUCUCCCGCAAGCCGUUCAGAAGCUACUAAGAGGCCCUGACGCUAAAGCCGUACUUAAGAACCUCCUGCUCUACCACAUUUUCCAGCCGCGGAUUAAUUUUAACUACUUCCUGAAGCUCAGAGGGCGGCGCGUGAAGACGUUGCUUCCAGACCAGACUCUGACCGUUGGAUUCGCGCGCUCCGGCUUUCCCGCAGCGCCGACAGUCGCGGGAGGGGAGUCUCUCUGGUUCGCUCCCUCCGACGGCGGAAAGCGGGGUGCGGAUAGCAGCAGCGCCAGCACCGUUGUGCUUGUAAAAGAUGUUGCGUAUAACGGGCUCGCGAUCUGCCAGGCGGUCAGCGCGGUGCUCGUUCCGCCGUUGGAUCUCCUCUCGCCUCCCGACGCAUCACCCUCCUCCUCCUCUUCCUCCAUCACCACGACUAAGACUAAGAACGCGCCUCCGGUUUCCAAAACAAAGUCGCCCGCCAACGGCGGAAGCGGAGGGAAGAUCCGCCCGCCGCUAUCAGAAAAAGCCUUCGUCGAAUCGGCCUCCUCGUUCGGCGGCGCGGCCGCAUUCGCGGCAGGGGUGGGGAAACGCAUUAAGGCAGGACGAGUCGCGUCACCGGCAACGAAGGCCGUGCCGAGUCCAGUCAUCCGGCCGUCUUCUAUAACGCUCACGCCGCAGCAGCAGGUGCUCUACUGGCUCUCGCGACACGGGCUCGGUCGCACCGCCGCGAAUCUCGCGCAGUCCGGCGUGCUGGAUCUCGCGACGGCGAGUAACCCGGUUACCGUUCUCGCGCCGACGCAGCUCGCGUAUCGCUUCCUCCCCUGGACGGUCCGGCAGCUGUUUUUCACCGCGAGGGGGGAACAGGUGUUACCGAGGCUGAUGAAAUACCACGUUAUAACGGAGCGGCUUACAGUGAAGCAGCUGCGACACGCGGGGAAUCACAAGUAUCCGACCCUGCUGGACGAACACCCCGUGGAUACGAAAGUAGGCUCGACAUUUGUCCGUUUCUCCCCCGAGCCUCCGGACUACGCCGCCGCGACCAUCAUCCCCGGGUCGUCCUUCAGCAACGGCAUCGCAACCGUCCACGUCAGCAGCUCCGUGCUCAUCCCGCCCUACGAUCUCCUCUCCAUCCCCGAGCCUCCCUCCCCUGCGCCCGUCCCUCCGCCCCUCGGCCCCGCGCCCGGCCCCGGGCCCGCGCAAGCCCCCCCGCUGGGGGUCCAGGCGCUAGACAUGGUGGGGGACCUAGAGGCGGAAGGGGGGGCGUUUUGGGAGGAGGCUAAACUCAGGGCUUCCGCUCCCGUUCCCCCUCCCCCUCGCCCUCCGCUUCCCCCGCCGCCGCCCCCGCCCACGGGCGGGUUCGUCCCGAAACGCCAGCUGAUCUCGUUUGAGGACGCGCGCGGGGAGCCGUAUAGCGCCGCGCCUCCCCCCAUGGCAGAGCCUUAUAGCACCGCGCCUCCCCCCAUGGCCGUGAACUUGGCGCAGGAAGGGGAAGGGGAAGGAGAGGGGGAAGGGGAAGGGGAAGGGGAGGGGGAGGGGGGACGAGAAGCGGACGAGGUGGACGAGGUGCGGGAAGCGGCGCUAGAGACAGCAGCGGGUUCUGAGGGGAGGGAAGUGUACGGCGAACCUGGUUCCGGUUCAGGUGCUUCUUCAGGUGCCAGGCGUGUGCUUCCUGAGCUGUCCCUCUCCGCCCGCCAGCAGACCAUAGACGAGCUAGCAAAGCGCGGCCUCACUGUACUCGCUAAGAACCUCGCCGCUACAAGGAUACUACACUCCCUAUCCGGCCCAGCCACACUCCUCGCACCCACCAACCUAGCCUUCUGGACCCUCCCCCUGCCGAUUAAAGCCCUACUCAUGGGUCCCAAGGCAGACUUAGUUCUCAAAAACCUCGUGGCCUAUCACAUCCUGCCAAAUGGCCGCGUGUCGUCAAAGCAGUUCGAAGAAGGGAUAGCAGCGGCGGGGAUUGAGGAGUAUGAGAUAUUUGACACGCUGCUGGAGGGGCGGAGUGUGAAGGCAGAGCACGUGGGGAAGGCCCUCGCAUUCUCGCCACUGCCCAUGGUGCCGCUGCUGAGCCGAGUGGCCCGGGUUGUGGCGUCGGAUAUUAAUAGCGAAGCUGCUGCUGCUAACGAAGCUGCUACUAGCGGGGAUGCUGCUAGCGGGGAUGCUGCUAGCGGGGAUGCUGCUAGCGGGGAUGCUGCUAGCACGGAUGGAAUCACGAUCCAUGUGAUCAACCGGGUGCUCAUUCCGCCCGUCAAGGUGUUGCUAGCGCCCUUCUCCUCCUCCUCCUCUCCCGUGUCCUCCUCCUCCGCCUCGUCCUCCCCUGGAGCAGCAGCAAUGGCGGUUAAACCCUUCAGUGCAGCCUACGCUGCUUCGGCCCAGUCCAUGAUUUUACCAAUGACCGAGUCAACCGAUGCCUCUCCCCCGCCGCCCGCGCCGCCCCCCCCUCCUACUGCGGACGACACGAUAAUGACCCGCCUGCGCCUCUUCGGGUGCUCCAAGACCGCCGACAUGAUCGUACGCUCCGGCUUCAUCGCGCUCCUCACCACCGCCACCUCCCCCAACGUCACCUUCUUUGCUCCCACCGACGACGCUCACGCCCGCAUCCCUGCACCCGUGAAGCAGCUUAUCACAGACAACGGCGCUGCGGCCGAGACGCUUCUCCUGAGCUACCAGUCGGUUUUCGGUGUUCAGACCUAUGCGGAGUUGACUAAUAAGUCGAUUGGCUCGCUCCCAACGCUGCUGACGGAUAUGUCUGUCACGCUGACCAAGUCCCGCUGCCCGUACUUCAAGAGGUUUUACCAGGAGCCGGGGUGCAAGGAGGAGGUUUCCCUGUUUUCGGAGCCGCCUAUGAGUUACCCUGCGGGUUCCCAAGUCCCAGGUCCCGCUCUCAAUCUGUGGUGCAAUUCCCGGGGCUGGAACCUAGCACCGUCGAAUUGCCGCCCUGCAAUCGCAGCCACAACCGAUCAUGAAGGCGUUCGCAUGGAUAAAGGCUCGAUGGGAGGAGGCUCGGAGCGCCUGAACAACAACAAUGUGCGCGGAAUAGGGAACUCAUCCGCCAACGAGACGGCGACACGUGGCAGCAGCCACCGGGAUUCCCGGAAAGCACACUCCGGAAGCGGCCAAUCACCCAGGACAAUCUUCGGGGGAGGUGGAGACGGAUCGUCGACGAGUCGCACGAGUAACGACUCUGACAGCCACGCGUCGUCCAGCCAGCAUUCUACUUUCGAGCCGCCUCUAAGACCGUCGCCGAGUCGCACGAGCAACGAUUUCAACAGCCACGUGUUGUCCAGCCAGCAUUCCCAGAUGGUGCGGGAAGAGCGGCGGGGGAGAACACGAGACGACGGCUGGGAUGACGACAGCGGUGGCGGCAGCAGAACAGGAAACGGCUCUUUACCUCGGGAUCGCUCUCGCGGCAGCAGCAGCGAGGAGACGCCGCCGUGCCGGCCGUCGACUUCUGGCGGCGUCCGCCGGCCGAGGCGGCCGGAGGACGGCGGCGCGGCGAUGAGUCCGCGAAGCGGCAGCAGCAGCCGCGUUCCCGAUUGGCAGGCGUCGUCGUCGUCUUCGUCGGGGGCACCGCCGCAACGGCCGGCGACUAGCGGCGGCCGGCGAAUGCCGUCCCGUCCAGGUCCGUCAGCUGACGAUGACGUAGACGGAGCCAGCGGGACGAGCGGAGAUUGGCCGCCGCGGAGGUUAGUCGGAAGCGCGAGUACGAAAGGCGGAGGGGGAGGGUACGGGGAUGAGGCGCCGGGUUUGCCGCACUCGGGUUCUUACUCCUCCGGGUAUCGCGGGCAGGGCUCGCCGCCGCGUCGCGCGUUCCACAAGUCGCAGUCCGCGAAGAUUAAUCUUUCGAACUCCGGAGCCGCGGUGCGCGAAGCGGACCGCGACCGCGAUAGGGACAGGGACAGGGACCGAGAACGAGGAGGGUAUAGGGACCGAGAACGGGAACCACGAGACCGCGCCAGCAGCUUUAGGGACCGGGACAGAGUUAGAUAUUUAGCAGAGGGUGAAGCGGAGGGCGACUUACCUCUAAUGUCGCCUUCUAAGGAGCGCGCCGUGAGUCGCUGGGUGGAGGAUUCUCUCUGCGAAUUAGAAGGCGGGGAGCUGGGGGAUGGUAUAGAUUCCCCGGGGAAGGAAUCUUCGUCGUCUUCCUCCCGCCGCCGCGCGUCCGGCUCUCGGCGCGAAGAGUACGGCGCGGACGGGGAUUACGACGAGAGAUCGAGCGGCAGCGGAAGGCGCGUGAAUCCGCGCGAGCGGGACGGGGGAGGGGGGUAUGAAGGCUCCCCGCGCACGCCCCCCCCGCGGUCGGCGUCCCGCGGCGGGGGGCGGAACGCGGACGAGGCGGUCACUCCGGGGAGGUCCCACCUCAGGCCGGUGGAAUCCGCCGGCCGCCCGCCCUCCCGCGGAGUUCCGGGGAGCCUUGAUCCGUCGCUUAGCGGGCGCGCGCGGAGCUUCGGCCGGCGCAGUUCGGCGGAAGGCGGCGGCGGAGCGGCAGAGUUGCGCCCGCGCACGCCGUCCGGAGCGGAGCUACUCGCGCGGCCGGGGACGGCGGAGGGGAGGCGCCCGCGGACGGCGGACGUGAACUCCGCGUAUGGGCGCCCGGGCGUCCCGCGGAGCAUGUCCUCCGCGGAAGCCGCACUGGCGGGGCCGGGGGGGUCCCUGAAGGAGCGCGACCGGGGGGGGGAUGGCGGAAGGAUGCGCACAGUCCCCCGCUCCGCCUCCGAAGUUAUGCCCGAGGACCUGGGCGGAGGCGGAGGGGGCGGGGGCGGCGCGCGCAGGGCACCUCUGAGAUCCCCCAGCACAAGUCUGCGGUCUAACUCAGUAUCUAAAGACUAUGAGGAUGAACGGGGCUGGAGCGGGGGUGGCGCCGGGUAUGGGAGCCAGGACAGGCCGUACACUUCGCGUGGGUAUGGGCGGCGGAGGGAGGACUACGGGGGAGACGAGAGGGGCGGAGGGGGGAGAUACGAGGGGGAUAAUCAUUUGAAUGAGGAGCAUAGGCGGCUAGCAAUGGAGCUUGAGAAGGAAAGGGAGGAAAGGCGGAAACUACAGGAGGAGUUGAAGAGAAUGGAGAGGGAGGUUAAGGAGAAGGAUGAUAGGAAGCGGACGGAUAAGGAGAGGAGGACGAUAGAGAAGGAGAGAUUAGUCGCUGACGUGGCGGCUUUGAAGCUGCCCGUGGACCGGAUCGCAGUGGAGGAAAAGAAAUCUGCCCGGAGAGGAAUAUUUUCGGUGUUUUCCAGCCGCCCGAAAACGCCAGAUGUGGACAAAGCGGCGGGGAUGGCGCAGGGGAACACUGUAGCAGUGGUGCCGCAACCUUCCCCAGGGGCUAGGCCGGUCACACCGGAAGGGUUACAAGCCAGGCUGACCAGAAAAAACAGAGAGGUGAUUCGGGCAGCGAGAAAAGAAGCGGCAGCAGCGGGAGGGGGGGGAGGGGGAGCAGGGGGGGGAGUUGGGGGAGGCGGAGGGGGAGCGGGGGGGAGCGCGGAUCAGGGGGGGAGUGUGAAUAUGUUGAAGCGGCCUUUAGCGGAUGUUAAGGAGGCUUAUAAGGUGGAUAAAAACGAGCUGGGGCGAGGGCGGUUUGGGGUGAUCCGGGGGUGCAUGUGCCGCGUUUCGGGGGAGCGAUUCGCGUGCAAGUCUAUCAGCAAAUGCAUGCUGCAGGUAUGUGGAGUGUUGGGAAGGAGGGGUUGA